UCUAAAACUAACUCUGAAUCUCAGGAAGCCAUCAAUCGUCUCCGCAAGUAUACACCCCCGCCAACGGCGUAUGGCGAAGUCCCGCUGUCCAGACGCGCGGCGGUGUUGAUUCUGCUCUAUGCCGAUCUCCAGGGUGACCUUAGAGUCGUGGUUACGAUUCGGGCUAAGACAUUGAAUUCGUAUGCAGGAGAAGCUGCUUUACCUGGAGUUCCAACGCUUGAACUAACCUCCACCCACUUCUCACCCCCCACAGGCAAAGCAGACACCCUCUCAGAAACCGCCUUCCAAACGGCCCGCCGCGAAGCUUGCGAAGAGAUCGGCCUCCCCAACGUCACCCAGCCACUGCCGCCACCCUUCUCGGUCGAGCACCUCUGCGAGUUGCCGGCGAACCUGGCCAAAACGGAGCUGGUAGUGCGGCCGUGCGUUGCGCUGCUGCACUCGUUUGACCCGGUAACGGGGGCCAAUGCGGAUCCCGAGACGGAGCUGAUUCCUCGACUGGAUGCGCGUGAGGUUGCGGCUGUGUUUACGGCGCGAUUUGAGGAUUUUUUGCGGUUGAGGAAUUCGGAGGGGAGGGGGAGGGGGAUUGGUAUAGAGGUUCGUGGAGUUUGUGGCAUAAUAGUAAUUGGCGGAGUAAGUCACUUUUCCUUUCUUUUGUCAUUCUGUUUUGGUUUAUCACUGACCAAAGUGGAUCUCCCACCUUGGGAAAUAGUGCACCAAUUCUUUGUCCGCAGCGCCAACCACGCCAUCAAGCCUCGCAGCCCGGGUAACAAGGCCCAAAACGCGGCCGUCGACGCCCUCACGCAACAAGAAGAAUCGGGGCUCAUCCAGCACUACCGCGUCUUUGGAAUGACGGCGCGGAUAAUCGUGGACGCGGCACGGGUCGCGUUCGCGCGGGAGCCGGAAUUCGAGCAUAACAGCCAUUUUGGGGAUGAAGCGAUGAUCGCCAAGUUACGGCGGUUGGGCCGGUUGAGUGAGGUUCGGCGGCCAGGGGAGGAAUUGACGAGGGAGAUGAUGGAGAGGGCAGCUAAAUUGAGUUAG